UAUGGCCGGCGAUAUUAGCUAGCACUCGCCCACGGUAUUCUCUGCAACAGGGAAGACGGUAAAAAACAAGGCAACUACAUCUGGACUGCUCACGGACCGCAACUAACCUAAUAAAUUAUCACCACCGACAACACAGGACUAAUUAACUGGGAUUCCACCCGACGGUUUAAUUUCUGUUGUUUGAGUCUGUUUGUCUCACGAUGGAAGACAGCAGUGCACACUUCUUCGAGGGGACCGAGAAGCUCUUGGAGGUGUGGUUCUCCCGACAAGACGAAACCAAAGGAACCGGGGACCUGCGCACUAUCCCCAGAUUUGAGUGGGACAAACUUCUGGAGAAUGUGCAUUGUUUGAUUAUAAGUGUGACAAAGACUGACAAGCAGGAAGCUUAUAUACUCAGUGAGAGUAGCAUGUUUCUGUCUCUCCUAGAGGUAGUUUUUGUCAUUUUUUUGAAGACAUGCGGAACCACCCUCUUACUGCAGGCACUGGUGCCACUGCUGGAGUUGGCUCGUGAGUACUGCGGCUUUGAUGCCAUCGAGAAUUUCUUCUAUUCUCGUAAAAAUUUUAUGAAGCCCACCCAUCAAGAGUUCCCUCACCGCAACUUCCAGGAGGAAGUCGAGUUCCUCAACCAGAUUUUUCCAAAUGGAGCAGCCUACUGUAUGGGACGUCUGAACUCCGACUGCUGGUAUCUGUUUACGCUGGAGCUGCCGGAGUUCUGGGAGAACAAGCAGGCGGACCAGACCCUAGAAGUUCUGAUGAGUGACCUAGACCCAGCGGUGAUGGACCAGUUCUACAUGAAAGACGGUGUUUCUGCUAAUGAUGUCACUCGUAUGAGUGGAAUUCGUGACCUGAUUCCAGGUUCAGUGAUUGAUGCCACAAUGUUCAACCCUUGUGGAUACUCCAUGAAUGGAAUGAAAACGGAUGGAACUUACUGGACGAUUCACAUCACCCCCGAACCAGAGUUCUCCUAUGUCAGCUUUGAAACCAACCUCUCCCAGACGUCUUAUGACGAGCUUAUCCGCAAAGUUGUGGAUGUCUUCAAACCAGGGAAAUUUGUGACAACGCUUUUCGUCAACCAGAGCUCCAAAUGUCGCAGCGUUUUCUCUUCGGCUCAGAAGCUGGAGGGGUACCGCCUCCUGGACCGCCAGUUGGCCCACUUCAACGACUACAACUUUGUCUUCACCAGUUACACCAAGAAUCGGCAGCAGAAGCAGAGCUGAACCUCCGCAAUGAAGAAGCGUAAAAAGAAAUCCUGCCGCUGCGAGGAACAACUCGGCGGCCGGCGGUGUUUGUGCGUGGAGUCUUCUGGCUGUAGAUCUUCCCUGAGUUUAACAUUUAUGCAUUCUUGUACCUAUGACGUAGAUAUCGUGCAUGAAAGCUCUUCCCGUGUGUCUGUAGAUAUUCUAGCCCAUUCUUGCUGUGAUCUUGAAGUGCAUGUAGAGUGCUUGAACAUGGUGGUGUGUGUGAGGCGAGUCACACCAUCCCAGGACAUGCAACGCUCCCUUCCCUUCCUGCAGGUGUCCCCUCGCAUCCCCCACAGACAGGGUUUCCGACCUCACUAGGCAAGGACCCUGACGUGCUCAGAUCCGUAACGUCUCUCACCAUACACACCAGUGUUUUGUACGAGUUCAUCGGUGUGUGUAGAGGUGUUUUUGGGCGGGGUUUAACUUACAUUUAAUUUAAUACACGUGGUGUUGGUUAUUUAAAUCGCUCAUUAUGUGUUCUAUGGAAGCCCGUUUCUGCCACUGCUCAAAAAAAAAACCAAGGUUAUUGUGACUUUUUAUCUCACAAUUAUGACGACUUUUCUCAGAAUUGCGAGAAAUAAACUCGCAAUCCUGACUUUAAGAAGAAAUAGUCGCAAAUAGUCGAGAAAUAGUCGCAAUUGAGUUUUUUUUUUCUUGUAAUUGCGGGUUUAUAUCUUGCAAUUUUGACUUUCUUUUUUUUCUCAGAAUUGCGAGUUAUAAAGUCAGAAUUGUGAGAUAAAAAGUCGCAAUUACCUUGAUUUAUGUUUUAUUUAGUGGUGGAAACGGGCUUCCGCGGUGUUCAGCUCAACUGUGUGUAGCCAGCUAACUACUCUGACAGUGUGAAGAAGUCCUGAAAACAAACGUAAAAUAUUCCUCGUUCAUCUUAUUUUCUUGAACCCUGCAGGCAGCUGUCUUUAUUCGGUGUACUGGAGAAGUGAGCGUUUUAGAAGUUGAGUAACUUAACUGUCGCCUUCGAUGUCGACAGCCUGCUCUUCUUUUAGGGACUGUUUUGGAAAACAGUGCUUGUUUCAAUAAUACGCUAGUUAGGUGUUUAGGAUUAAGCUGAACUUUGCACAGGUUAAAGAUAUUCUUAUGAUUCCCUUCAUCAGCUUUACAGGUGGUCAACUUUAUUCAAAAUAUACAGAGAAGUGAAUGUUACUUAACUGUUGCCUUAAGUGUCGACAACAUAUGCUCUGCAGUAUAUAACCAUUAUUGUGAAAGUCAGCUAUUGUCUUCCUUUCCUCGAAAUCAAAUGGCAUUUAACAUGAAUGUAUUAAAUGUAAAAAAAAAAAAAAAAAAAAAAAACUGUAAGUUGAAAGGUGACUAUUUUCUAUAAAAAGAGGUAAGAAUGGCUUUUUCUGAAUAAUGCAGCAAGUGCAGAAGUGUGGGGGUAAGUGGGAGUGGUGUUCUUUGCCUUCCGUCCGUCGUUUGUGUCGUUGUGAAGGACCCUGGGGCUGUCCAGCACAGAGCCUGCGCAAUGCACGCCUUUGAAUCGAAACGUUUGGACAGACACUUUGCAUUAGUGUGCCGAUCGCACAGCAAAGCAGUUUUCUUUUUCUAAACAAAAUGAGUUCUCUCUCUUUUUCUCUACAGAAGCCGGUGAGCACACAAUAGGCACGCACUGAUCUGAGCACGUCAGGGCUGACCCGGAUCAUUCCACACCCCACGCCUGCAUAGAGCCAAGCAGACUUUUUUUUUUUUUUUUUCAGUAGAUUUGUACACCUCUCCAGAUCAUGCUCUCUUUGUGCAUUGAGAAAAAAAAAAAAUUCACAUAGCGACUAGCGUGUAGCAGGAAGUUUACCGUGCAGUGUCUCUGCUUCAGCCCUUUGUAACGUGUUUAAUUUAGUUCGUACGACGUAGCAAACUUUGCUCAUAGGUCCUGGGUGUGAUGAGCAGUGGGUGUGGUGUCGUGCUGACGGAGAAGUGUAGUUGUGAGGACUCGGUGGAUGAUGUUUCUGUAAUGAAGCAGAUCUUCUUUACAUGAAGGUCCUGCCACUGAGAGAAUCUGAAAACGGCAGGUCUCCCUAGAGUAACGAAUGGGUCUGCUGUCUGAGAGGUCAAAGGGCAGCUGGAUGUUUACGGUUGUAGUUCAGAGGGAAAAAACGAAGCAAAUAAAUUUGAUUUAACGUGGACCACUGCUAGGAGAAAUAACAUGAGCAUGAUUGCAUAUCACACCCAGUGUUUUUCCGGUGAAGGGGUGGUGUUUUAAAACAUUUUUCUGCUCUUUCUAUGUGGGAUUUAUACAUUAUACAUGAGUGGAGGGGGGAGACAUUGAUGUUGCGGACCAAGUAUAUCUAAAUAUAUAUUUAUACCUAUUUUUUGGCCAAAUUUUAUUUUUUUUAUUUUUCUGACCCUGUUCUGUGGAGGGGAGUGACCUUUUCUUUCUUACUAGUCCUGUUCAGCCUGCGUUGGUUGGUAAGGAAACUCUAUAGAAAGGAUUUUCACAGGAAGUUGGGAAGGGGAAACUUUGCUGUUCCAAUUCUCUUGCUAUUUCCUCGGUUGGUCAAGAUGUGCUAAAUAUAUCUGUACUAAGAGCUUGAUGCUUUCAAUAAAGAUCAUAACUAUCA